AUGGUUUCACAUAGACCAUGGAGUGGUAACAAUUUUCUUGCCCUUACGAACAAUAAAAUAAGAAUUAUCAUACAACAAACAUCAUGGAACAAACUUGUGUCUGAAGUCGAGUCUUUGCUGAACAAAGUCUCGGAUUGGGGGCGACUAAAUCUAGUCCAAUUUAAUCCUCAGAAGACACAAGUUUGCGCGUUUACCGCUAAAAAGAACCCCUUUGUCGUAUCUCCUCAGUUUCAAGGCACUCCCCUUCUUGCCUCAGCCAGUAUCGGUAUCCUCGGAGUCGACAUAUCGAGUGACGUGCAGUUUCAUAUCUAUCUUAGAUUCAAAAUCGAAAUGAAAAUAUACUAUCCCUUGCGAACCCUUGAGAACUCAAAUGGAAAAUCUCGUUACUAG